GUGUCGAGGGCUGGCCAUUGCAUACGACUGACUGUUCGACGUCCACUCCCUCCCACAACGCAACGACAAUGGCGACCACGAGAGAUUCAGGCGUACGCUCACUGGGCCACGUCCUGGUGACGGGAGGAGCAGGAUUCCUGGGCAAUCACAUCGUCUCGCUGCUGGCCUCACGGAAAGCAUGUGCCCGCAUCACGGUGCUGGACCUCAAGCAGCCAGCGAACCCCAUUGCAGACGUCGACUACCAGCAGGGCGAUCUUACCGACUACGAUUCCAUGAGCAAGUUCUUCGGCGCCCGCAAAUUCGAUGCCGUCAUCCACACGGCCAGCCCGGUCAUGACAGCCAGCAAGAACCGCGAGGUCAUGCGUAAGGUCAACGUGGAGGGCACAAGGGUUCUGUUGCGCGCAGCACAGGAGACGGGCGUCACCGCAUUCGUCUAUACCAGCUCCGCCUCGGUCAUCCACGAUACACAGAGCGAUCUGAUCAACGCCGACGAAUCCUACCCAUUGAUCAUGGGCAAGGACCAGCCCGAAUACUAUACCACUACCAAGGCCGAGGCUGAACUGCUCGUCCUGGCUGCAAACCGCGCUCCACAAUAUCCCAAGUUCUUGACGACCGCCCUUCGUCCCUCAGGCAUGUUUGGCGAGGGCGAUGUGCAGCUGAUUCCGCCCGGACUCAGCGCUUACUACAAAGGUCAGACCAAGAUUCAGAUUGGCGACAACGAAAACCUGUUCGACUUUACUGAGAUCACGAAUGUUGCACACGCUCACCAUCUCGCCACGGCUGCUCUGUUGGCAACUUCUGAGCGUGAAGGGAAGGGACUCGCCGCACCUCUCGAUCACGAAAAGGUGGAUGGUGAAGCCUUCUUCAUCACAAACGACGCCCCUGUCUACUUCUUCGACUUUGCUCGCAUGUGCUGGGCAGCUGCAGGCGACAAGACGCGGCCAGAGCAAGUGUGGAAAUUGUCGAAAGAUGUAGGCCUGUUCCUGGCGACGCUGAUGGAGUGGAUCUUCUUCCUCUUCAGACUGGGCAAGCCGAAUUUGACUAGACAACAAGUUCGAUACACCUGCAUGACGAGAUACUACAACAUUGACAAAGCCAAGAGGAGAUUGGGUUACUCGCCGCUUGUUGGGUUGCAGGACGGGAUCAAACGGGGUGUGGCCGAUGCUUUGUAUCGAGGGGUCGUCGUGGGGCAGCCGCCAGAACUCAAGGGAAAGAAAAUACAAUAGUACCAGCAUGAUCUCACCUAUUCUGUCGGCUGCAUGAAGUAUCUAUACCAAAAGCUACUUCUAUCCUUGUGCACUAUUUCCUCUAGCUUUCACUCCACAGCGCCAGCUGUGUACCACCGGCCG